CCGGCCCGCUGCCGGCCAGUUGUCGGUUGAUGUAGCGGCGGUGUCUCAGACCGGAGGGUAGAGGCGGCGGUGGCGAAGAAGGACGAGCGGCGGGUACCGGUGAGGGCUCCCGUCCUCCCCGAGGCCCGGUCUGAACCGCUCCCCGCAGGCCGCAGCUGUUCGUCCGUCCUUCCGAGACCCGGGGCGGACGGACUGACGGGGAUGGGGUGGGGGAGGGGAAAAGAGAUAAGGAGAGACUGAGGAGAAAAAAAAUAGGAGAGAAAAAGAUAAAAUAGAGAUGGGGAGAGAGAGGAGGAGAGAGAAAGAGAUAGGAGACAGAUGGAAAGAAAAUAGAAACGACGAGAAAGAGGAGGAGAGAAGAGAUGAGAGAGACACAGAAGUCGGGGAACCGAGCCCUCUGCGCACGUCGGUGAUCUCCGGGCCCCCCCGCCCCUUCCUCCUCUAUGCUCCUCCCUCCUCCCCGUGCCCUUUUCUGUCUCCAAAGGUGUCUUUGUUAUUGCUGAGUGGAAGCCCCUCCUCCCGCACCUGUUCUCCUCCUUGCCAUGUGUGAAGCUUUGGGUUAGAGGCUGGCAGCCCGUGCCGACGCGAUGCCAGGCUCCCGCUGUGCCAAGCUAGCUGUUUCUGCCCGUGCCAGACUGUUGGGCCUCCUCCCAAACUCCGUGGCUGUCCGCAGUGGUCUUUACCCCUCCCCCUGCCAUUGAUCCCAGGGCUCUGCGGUCAUCCGCAGGUGCCUUCCUCCCGAGAUGACUCGAUUGCCCUCGGCACCGGGGGCUGGAGCACGUCCUGAUCCUCGGUCGGAGCUGCAGCCUUAGACCCUAGUUUAUUGACCACCUCCAGCACUUGGCCAACGUUAUGAAUUUCUCUGAAGUGUUUAAGCUCACAAAUCAGCUCAGCAAAUUCUCUCCCAAUGGGAAAUUCCUGGCUUCGUGUGUCCAGUACCGUUUAGUGGUUCGAGAUGUGAGCACUCUCCAAAUCCUUCAACUGUACACAUGCUUGGACCAAAUUCAGUACCUAGAGUGGUCAGCAGACUCCCUCUUUAUAUUGUGUUCUAUGUACAAACGUGGGCUGGUGCAGGUGUGGUCCUUGGAACAGCCUGAAUGGCACUGUAAGAUAGAUGAAGGCUCUGCAGGACUGGUAGCUUCAUGUUGGAGUCCAGAUGGGAGGCACAUUCUCAACACAACUGAGUUUCAUCUACGGAUAACGGUCUGGUCCUUGUGUACAAAAUCUGUAUCUUAUAUCAAGUAUCCUAAAGCCUGUCAGCAAGGAAUAACCUUUACAAAGGAUGGCCGCUACAUGGCAUUGGCAGAAAGGCGUGACUGCAAAGAUUAUAUUAGCCUCUUUGUGUGUAGUGACUGGCAGCUAUUAAGGCAUUUUGACACAGAUACCCAGGAUCUUGCUGGAAUCGAAUGGGCUCCAAAUGGAUGUGUGUUGGCAGCUUGGGACAGUUGUUUAGAGUAUAAAAUUCUGCUGUAUUCUUUGGAUGGCCGGUUGUUGUCAACAUACUCUGCAUAUGAGUGGUCACUUGGUAUCAAGACUAUAGCCUGGAGUCCUAGCAGCCAGUUUUUGGCCAUUGGAAGCUACGAUGAAAAGGUGCGGAUUCUUAACCACGUGACUUGGAAGGUGAUUACGGAGUUUGGACAUACUGCAACCAUUAAUAACUCCAAGAUAGUUAUAUAUAAAGAAACGGAGAAGUCUCAAAAUUUAGAAAUGGAGAAUCUUCCAUUCCCACCAACCAAAGCAGCAGCCAGUUCUCUUUUCAACACAGAGAGUAAAUAUGAAGUGGUCUCGUCUCCAGUUUCUUUACAGACAUUGAAACCUGUCACUGAUCGACCAAAUCCUAAAAUUGGUAUAGGAAUCUUGGCAUUUAGUCCAGACAACUGCUUCCUGGCAACGAAAAAUGAUAACAUUCCCAAUGCUGUUUGGAUCUGGGACAUACAAAAGUUGAAAUUAUUUGUGGUAUUAGAACAUCUGGCAGCUGUCCGUUCCUUUCAGUGGAAUCCCCAGCAAGCCCGGCUAGCUGUGUGUACUGGGAGAAGUCAGGUGUACCUGUGGUCCCCAGCAGGCUGUGUGUCAGUGCAGGUACCAGCAGAAGGUGACUUUCAAAUACUUUCUCUGUGUUGGCACCGAAGUGGGGAGUCCAUGGCCCUCCUAAGCAAAGAUCAGCUCUGUUUAUGUUACUUGGAAAGUGAAGGAAUAAAAUAAUUACAGCCCCAAAUCUUAAGGACUUCCUUGAUAUCUACAUUUGAGUGAAUAAAUGCUGCUAUGUCAGAAAUCCAAUACACAAUUUUAUAAUGAGAAAAAAAUCACAUGACAAAGGUGGGAAUCAAAUCUUUGGUUAAUGCCUUGAUUUUAAAUAUUUUUUAUAGUAAAGUAUCUUUGUACAUGUCAGAUAGAAAAACUAACUUUUUUAUUAUAAUAAAGGCUUGAAAAGUUCACAAAGCAA